ACUAGUUCUUUCAAUAACAAAUAUUGUGGUACGGAAGAAGUACUAGCUUGGUUCGAAUUGAAAUGAACAGAGCCGUAGCGAUGUAGUGAUGUACCGUAGUAAAAGCACCCACCCCACCACAGGAAUCAACGCGAACUCGAUCUCCCCACUUUUCCCCACCGGAAGCCCUCGUCUCCGCCGCCGCACCAUGCCGCCGCCAGAGAGCUGAUGGACGAGCUCGUCGAGGAGGCCCUGCUCCGCCUACCGCCGGAGGAUCCCGCCUCGCUCUUCCGCGCCUCCGCCGUCUGCAAGCCCUGGCGCAGCAUCCUCGCCGGCCCGCGCUUUCGCCGCCGCUACCGCGAGUUCCACGGAACGCCUCCCAUCCUGGGACUCUUCCCCCAGGGCGACAGCUUUGUCCCCACCUCCGCCCUCGUCCCUUGCCCACACCGGUCUCCGCCAAUGGUAUGCUAUGGACUGCCGCCAUGGCCGCGCCCUCUUCGCCCACCUCGGGGCCACCGUUUACCUCAUCGUCUUGGACCCUGUGACGGGCCACCAGCACAGGGUGGCCUCGCCCUAUCACUACCCGUUCAUCGUCUGUGCGCGGUGCUCUGCGCCGCACAAGGCUGCGACCACCACGGUUGCCAAGGAGGGCACUUCCAUCUGGUCUUUGCGUCCACCGAUCAGGCCGGAACCAUAUCGGCCUGGCUGUACUCAUCGGAGACCGCCGAGUGGGCUCAGUUCACCUUCUCCUUACCGCACAAAUGCUGCACCCCCAACAUCGGCUACUUCAACAUCCUUGUGGGUUAGGUGCACCGAGCGUCCUUGUGGGCGAUGCACUCUACUUCAACAUCGGCUACAUCAUCAAGUGCCAACUUGGUACACUAUGUAUGUCAAUGUUCGAGAAGCCGAUCAAUGGCAAGGGGUGUCUCAUGACGGCGGAAGAUGGCGGGCUGGGUUUUGCUGCCAUGGUGGAUGUCACAAAUCUAACCCUUUGGUCGAGGGAGACAGGACCCGAGGCCGAGGGAGCCGCUGGAUGGGCGAAACUCAGGGUAAUCGAUCUUAAGGCGUUGCUCCCUCACGGGGUCCUCUCGAUCCGUACACCUGAAGAUGGGAUUAGGAGCAUCACAAAGGUUAUCCCAGCACCUGAAUAUGGGAUUGCUGGCAUUGCGGAGGGUACCCAAGUCAUAUUUGUGAGCACAUGUAUUGGUUCCUACAUGGUCGAUCUCAAGUCUCGACAAGUCAGGAAGGUGUCUCGUCUGGGCAAAAUAAUCUUUCCCUACAUGAGCUUCUACCUCCCAGCAAUGGAAGCAGCUUCUACGGGCCAGGGGCAGUGAGCUGGUGUUCAAAUGUUUGCCAAGCUCUAGUUACUGGAUCAUAUGCUUCUGGAUCAAGGGGAAGGUGGCUGUGGUGGAUGUUAGAUAUGGUACAAGCGAGAGCGGCUCUGGAUCUGUAGGAAGUAGUUGUUCUGUAGUAGUAGUAACUUUGUAUAGGCCAGGUUAAGGUAUGACCAUUACUGCCGGUCUUAGUAGUGUAUGUAACUUGGUCUAGGAAGCUGGAUGCAGAGCGGUGCCUGGUCUGCCCUGCUCCGUAGUCAAAAUAUAUCAAGGUUAGCUCUAGUCCCUACCUUUGCUUGUGUGCUUGCAGUUUGUAGGAACUUUGUUUGGAAGUCGUUGUUUUCAAUGCU